CAUUGUGGGGGCUGUAGUCCCUGGCGGGCGGGGGCCAUGUGCGCUGGGCGCGGCUUCCCGGCCCGGCGGCGGCUGUGCGGAGGCCGAGGACCAACGGAGACCCUCUGCGCAAGGAAUCUCCGGAGGGGGAGGAAAGUCAGCAUUGCCUACGGACCCCCCGAGGAAAAUGGGGCAGCAGAGACCCCUGAGCCCAAGAAGCAGAAAUGGGAACCGGCCAACUGGGAGCAGCAGCUGGCCAACAUCCGGGAGAUGCGGAGGGAGAGGAAUGCCCCCGUCGACCAGAUGGGAGCUGGGGCAUGCUUUGAUGGGGAGGCCCCUCCGGAGGUGAAGCGUUACCAGAUUCUGCUGUCGCUCAUGCUCUCCAGCCAAACGAAAGACCAGGUGACCUCCGCGGCCAUGAUGCGCCUGCGGGAGCACGGCCUGACGGUGGACCGGAUCCUGGAGACCAACGAGGAGGCUCUGGGCCGGCUCAUUUAUCCCGUUGGCUUUUGGAGGAACAAGGUGCGAUAUAUCCAGCAGACCACAGCAAUCCUGAAGCGGGAGUAUGCUGGCGACAUCCCAAAAACUGUUGCAGAGUUAGUGAAAUUGCCUGGAGUUGGUCCAAAGAUGGCCCACCUGGUGAUGGACAUUGCCUGGAAGAACGUCUCAGGGAUCGGUGUGGACACGCAUGUGCAUCGGAUUUGCAACAGGUUAAAGUGGGCAAAAAGGGAAACAAAACUUCCAGAGGAAACGAGGCAAGCCCUGGAAGAAUGGCUGCCCAGAACUCUCUGGAGUGAGUUAAACUGGCUCCUGGUUGGCUUCGGGCAGCAGAUCUGCUUGCCUGUCCAUCCACGUUGCAGCAAGUGCCUCAACAGGAACAUCUGCCCGGGAUCCACAAAGCGCUGAGGAACAGCCCCACCCCCACCCAUGGCCUCUUUGUCUCGGGGCUUCCGUUGCUUGGGAGAAGCUGUUUUCCACCAGGCCGAGACUUGGAGCCCGUCCCAGGAACUGCAGGGCCUCCUUGGACAAGGAGGAGGUCUCCUUGUCCUCCAUCUCCGGGCACAGAAGUUUGGGGCUGGGAUUUCACUCUGCCUCUUGAGCCUCCAUGAAGAGGCAGCUAUCUAGGAAGGAUGAUUUUAUCCAGUGAGCGCUUUUAAUAAAUAAAGUAUGUGGGAA